AAUAGCCUAGGUCUGCCUAGGCGAUAUGAGGCCUAGGAUGUUAUAAAACUGUAGGCAAUAUUCACUCAAUUUUGCAAGAACACGUAUACUUCACAUAUUAAGUACAUCUUGAAGAUUGAACAUCUAAGCAUUAUUAUCAGAAGAUCAACACUUGUGACAAAGAAAGUACCUGGAAUUACACUACAAUCACCGUUAUCUAUAUCAUGGAAUGUAUCACGUACUACAACACUUCUACUUUUGCUUAACAAACAAUAUUACGAAACGCGUGUGUAAUCUAACAUUCUAAUUUUGAAUUGCUAAUCCAAUUGAGAUAUCUGGAGACCCUGUAAUGGAAUGCUCUGCUGAAAAAAUGUUUCCUACUACGUCAUUGAUAACAUCUAGUGUAACUCAAUCAACCAACAGCGAGCAAGAUAUAUAUAAAUCUCCAAAGAAAGGAGAUGUAAUUCAUUCUGGUCAUUUCAUGGUUUCUUCUGUUGCUGAUGAUGGUGAUGAGCAUGAGGAAAUUAAUCAUGAUCGUGACUCUCCAGUUCAUCAUGAACAGGCUAUCAUGAUAAGGGGGCAUGGUUAUGACUUUUCAAAUGUCAACAAAGAAACUAAGAACAUCUACCAGUUUGGUCCAAGCCAUUCCAACCAUAUCACCAUUGACUCGUCACUAUCUCGAUUAUUCAAGUGCAUGUCGUUGGCAUACAGGGGUGGCAAGGUGGUUUCUCCAAAGUGGAAAAACUUUAAAGGUUUAAAACUGACAGUGAAAGAUAAGAUUCGAUUGAACAAUGCAAUAUGGCGUACAUGGCAUAUUCAGUAUGUGAUGCAUCGCAAAAAACCGUCUCUUAUCCAGUUUGCAACUCCAUUGGAAGCAGAUUUGGAAUGUGAUUUACAUAAUCGGCCAGAGGCUGUGGUUAUGGAAGGAAAAUAUUGGAAGCGAAGAAUUGAAACAGUGGUUGCUGAAUAUAAAAAAUGGAGAGCUUUUUUCAUGGAAAAGCUUCGUCUUUCAGAAUAUCCAGGAUUGACUUGGGUAUCGGAUAUACAGAAUUCACCCAGUAGCGACCACAACCUUGAAUCUCAUCGUCGAUUCGAAGAACAGAAUGCCACAGAUUUUACGGACACAUUGUUCAGUAGUUUGUCGAACCAACCAUUUCAGUUUCCGAACCCCAGAGAAAUUGCAAUGCACGCUACAAACUCUGAUAUGAUGCAACCAGGCUUGUUACAACUACAACCAAUGAUGGAUGAUAUGGAUUUUGAUCCAUUGCAAGAUUUCUUUGCCCCACCAAAAAAAUCCAAUACAGGAUUUGGAACAGGACUCCAUCAUAAUGAUCGAAUUGCUGAAGAAGGAUUUAUUUCUCACGGAAUAAACCAGAUGAUUGAUGCUUCUCAUAUAGAACCCAUACAACAAAGUAAUGAGAUAGCGAUGCAAUAUGCCCCUCAUCCCCAGUUGAAAGUAACAACUCAUUCUGACCCGAUUUUCUCUGCAUUCAACAUCACUCAAUAUUCUGGAUUGAACGUGGAUGUAGCACAUGCUACAAACAUAAACCAACAUCAAACUAUCGAUCCAACGUUCAAACAAUAUCCCUCACAAAAUAUGGGUGUACCAAAACAAAACAACAUGGGAAACAAUCAAAGUCAGCAAACGAUGCGUUAUACUUCUCAAGAACAACCAGGCUUCUCAAAGAUAAGUCAAAAUAACUUGCCCAAUAAUCGGAUUAUUUACACCCAACCACAGACAUCACUACAAAUGGAAGUUCUUCAAACACCAGCCCACCAUAUUGGUUCAACCUUGGUGGAAAAUAAUCCAAACCAAUACGCGACCAUCCGCCCAAUGCAAAAUAUUAAUGAAACUUAUAACCAACAGCAAACUGUGUCAAACAACACGGUGCAAUGGAUGCCAUCCAAUAACGAUCCAAAUAUCUCAGCUAUGGAACAACAGCAGUUUGUUGCUGAACUUAAUAACACAGCUAUGUCCCUACAAAACCAAUUAAAAUCAGGGUCUAGUGUUACACCAACCAAGGUUCAUGGUAUGGAUUUGUUGAAGCAUCUGCUGAGUACCAAACCACAUGGCAAUGGCCAGUCACUUCCAAUGACAAACGCACCAGUUCAAACUGCAAAGAAACCACAAUACAAACGAGUGGCAAAUGUGGUGAAAGAUCACCCAUCGUCCCACCAUGGUAACCAAGCAAUAACACCAUAUGUAACACCAAACAAACCAGAAUUCAAACCACAGCAAAGUUUAUCUCAACCAGAUGUGGAAAUCGAAUUUCGAAAAUCUGGAUUGAAUGAAAUGUUGGCAGAACAAACAACCACUGAUGUUGCGACACCACUGCAAGACCCAAUUAUCAACCGAACAAAUUUGAUUUCUGCCGAGCAAAAGCGGAGGUUUAAUAUCAAGGUUGGAUUUACACGAUUACAAAGUCUUAUACCAGGACUAACAAGUCAAACUGUUUCCAAGGUGAGCAAAGCUACAAUCAUGAGUAAAGCAGCUCAGUACAUUAAAACUAUGCAAAACGAAAGAUUAAAAAUGUCCGAAGAAAUUCAGGGUUUAAAGAAAGAAGUUGAUGUUUUGAAAUCGGCAAUCAGUGAGUGUCAACAGAAGCUUCCGGCAACGGGUGUACCAGUUGCCCGACCACCACUCGAUGUAGCAAAGAGCAAGUUUGAAAGAUGGGUACGAGAACGGACAAAACGCGACUGGAAAUUUUACUUGUUUGGACUCGUAAUUAAUCCAUGGUUUGAUUCUUAUCAACAAAUGGUUUCUGUGACCGGUUCAGAAGAUUUAUGUCGAAGCGUGCUUGAGUGGGUUGAUCAGAAGUGUUCGUUGCCUGCACUUAGACCGAAUGUUGUCCAAUCUCUUCAAGUACUUGGCACAACAACCUCAAUUCUAACCAACCCUGCAAAUCUACGGCAACAAAUAGAAGAUCGAGUUAAUUCAGAUGAUAAUACAAGGACGAGGUAUUUAAUUUAAAAGAAAAAGUACUCUGGGGCAGCCUACUUGAAACUCAGUUUUGAGGAUACAUUUGCUUAGAUCACUGCACUCCUUAAUUUGAAAAUAAGAUUCCGAAUUGAAUGAGUACAAACAGAUUUCCCAAUAUAGCUCGUUGAUAUUUCACAUUCAACCCACAGUAUUGAACUUACCACAUAUUCGUUCCUUCCAUAGUACAUUGUUCGUUUGUUUGUUUUUUUACAUAAAUCAAUUCGUUUAAUUCAUUUUUUUCAAACUUGGUGUUGGUACACAUAGUAGUUUUGGUUACAUAGCUGGUACCUGUGUGGUUUAAACUAUAAGCUACCUAUUCAAAAAAAAACAAUUUCAAAUUGACAUAUUGACAUAAAAGAAUUUAUAAAAGUUAAGAUUUCUAAUGUAAACUUAAACCAAGAAAAUAAUUCAUAUGCUGUGCCAUGGCUUUGCUUGAUUGUAACUUUUGUAAGAAAUGGCUGACAGUUUAAACUAACGACUCAGGCCGUUAAUAUAUCCGCUGUUAUGGAGCCACUGCCCCUCGUUUUAUUACUUCCACGUUGCAUGCGUGCCUUACAAGCCACAAUAUCCACCAGUUCCCUGUUUUCUACCAUUCUUCCUAUGGUGUGUUUUACAUUCAAACUGCGUCGAGUAAGUAGAGUAUUUUUCAUGCGAUGGUGUAACGUAUUUAAUUGAUUUUAAUUCUGCUGUGAAGAUGAGAGCAUUAAACUAUCCCAUUUUCA